GGACUUUCUGAAAAAUGGUGAAGGUAUCUAGUAAGAAUGAUCCCAGAUACGUUCGUACGUGGAAAUGCCAAGUUUCUGUUGGCGAGCUAUACCGAUGGAUUUUGGCCAAAUUGUCUGAUAAGGACAUUAAACGUGCUCUGCACAAAUAUCGGGAUUUAAUGCCUAGACAAUCAGACUGGAAUCGCAAGUUGACCCAGGCAACUAACAUGCCUGAACUGGGCUUUCGCUAUUUGUAUCGAUGUGGACAAAUAGAUGAGAGCAAUCACAGGACCAUGCAAAAGAUGCUGAAAUACAUCGAUCGACAGGAUGUCAUCCCUUACUUUGAAACGAUACUCUGUAAUACUAAUUACGCUAACUGUUCCCUAAAGGACUUGCAGAAAAUUCUACUAGAUAAAGUGUCUGUGUUUUUACAACUGACUUCCAGCCUAUCUGACGAUGAGAUACAUCCUGAUAGUGUCUAUGAAAUUCAGCAUUGCCGACGGGUUGAUCCGGAUCGUAUGACACGGUCUAGUUCUAAGCGGAAGACUAUUUCAGAUCACGCGCAGUAUUCCACAGUGGCGAAGCGUAUUCGCCACUCCAAUGGAGUGGCGGCACCACAUACCAGCGACCAGCAAGACAAGUCUACAGUUCAGUACCGUACUAAAGCUCGAUCCGCUCUCGUGGCCAGUGCAUUAAACGGACCAGUUAUUCACACAAUGAUAUCUACGUCCCUAUUGAGUAUACUCACCGCUUUACGCAUGACUUUGGAUAGAUCGCCAUCCUGCUCACUGCGUGGCUCAGACACCGACAAUGAUCCAUUUAAACCAAUCUUUUCCCACUCCCGCCUGCUGGCUGCAGUUCCGCACCUCUUAAUGGUUGCUGGUCUUAAUCCGCUCGCCGUCCCCCCACUUUCCGUCCCGGCCAGUUUGAAUCCAUCACCUUCACCUAUCAUGGGCCAGUCGUCUUUCGAACAGCAGCCGAUUCCGAUGGCCAGCAUCGCUCCCCGUGUAGAUAACACACUCCGUUCCUCUGCUGUUCCUGUUGCUCCCGGACAAAUGUGGAUUAGCAACCGACCACCCGGAGGCGCCAUCUUGUUUCCUCUGCUUGCAAAUCCCCAACCUCGACCUCCAGUUGGCGACCGGGGAAAUGCGGCUCCGUUUAUUGCCCAGCUCAAUCUGGGUGACGCAAGAGUUCCAACCCACCAGCCAGCCAACGGGCGGGUACACGUGAAGCAAGUUGUCAUGUCAUCAGGUGGGAUCGGCCUAACUGCUUCUCCACGAGAUUCACUUAUUCGUUACUACUGCAACCUGAAAUUACGAGUGCUUGUCGAUUGUGGACCCCCAUCAGAGGCAUUGCGCCAGAUACAAACGGACAGGCAGGAGUUUUUCGAGCAGCAGAUUCAUCGUUUCAUGCAGGUUUCAAAUGUACUCAACUCACGGUUCCCUGGGGAGUUUAUUUGCUACCUUCGGUUCACUCAACUCUCACAACUGGAGUCAUUCUGGCGCGAUUACCUAUCAGGAGACUUAAAGAAGGUCGGUUCAAGUCACUGUAUUCGACUAUUUUGAAGGCCAUGCUCAUGGCACCCGUUUCUCGAAGUUUCAUUGGACGAUCUCCAGUCCAGCAUGGCUUGACUUCCCCUGCAGUUGCUCCUAAUG